AAUUGGGAGGGAGUCCGCUGAACGGAAUGGAUUCUUAUGGAUGGACGCCAUUUGUAAUUAUCUACCUUAGUUUGUUACCUAUUACCGAGCUAAACAGAGUGAAAAGUGAAAGUGACGAAAAGAUACCGGUAGCUUUAUAUAUGAAAUGGCUUGUUGGAUACGUGGAUGUACUACCAAAGGAGGGAAAAAAGAUGCUUCAAGAAAAAAGUCUUUUUACAGCUCACACGGAGAAAAUGUUCAAUAAUUGGCGUGACAAUGGGAUUGCUGAAAGAGGCAUCAACGAAUUCAGCAAAAAAAGUCGUAUUUGUGAGUUGCAUUUUGAGAAAAAUGAUAUUCUGCGAGAAGAUAUUUUUCAUAUGGCAGAUGGUGCAACUAUUACGGUGCAACGUAAGGUACCGAAAUUGAAAGAAGAUGCUGUUCCAUCUAUUUUUCCAUCCAUUACGUAUCGUUACGAAUCCUAUUAACAAGGAGAAACGGGAAGAACCGCAGAAUGAAGGAACGACUCAGUUAAAGAGUACAAUUAACCAUUCCGUUUCCGUGCUACCUACAUGUGAAGCAGAUGUCAAUCCUAUUAAAACGUUAUAACACGAUGCACGCAAUAAAAGACUUCUUUUUAACCCUCUCUA